AUGCAGGUGGAUGCGGCUCUUGUGCUCUUCUGUGUUUGGCUCGCCGGUGCAGCUGGGAAGAUGGUCCAGUCGAGAGGCUACAAGCUGGAGACCUACAAACAAAGCAGGUCGCGGAGAGACACCAGGAUGGACGGGGCAGGAGGAGGAGGAGGAGGAGCAGGAGGAGGCCACAAAUCUGGGAGCCCCAUUUACAAACGAAGUCCAGACAUGACGAAGUCCCCGAUGACCAAAUCCGAGCAGCUCCUGAGAAUAGACGACCACGACUUCACCAUGAGGCCAGCGUUCGGAGGUCCUCCGAUUCCAGUUGGAGUAGACGUUCAGGUGGAAAGUCUGGACACCAUCUCCGAGGUUGAUAUGGACUUCACCAUGACGCUGUACCUGCGUCACUACUGGAAGGACGAGCGGCUGUCGUUCCCGAGCACCAACAACCAGAGCAUGACCUUCGACAGCCGCCUGGUGAAGAAGAUCUGGGUUCCCGACAUGUUCUUCGUCCACUCCAAGCGCUCCUUCAUCCACGACACCACCACGGACAACGUCAUGCUGAGGGUUUACCCCGACGGCAACGUGCUCUACAGCCUCAGAGUCACGGUCACCGCCAUGUGCAACAUGGACCUCAGCCGCUUCCCUCUGGACACCCAGACCUGCUCGCUGGAGAUUGAAAGCUAUGCGUACACGGAUGACGAUCUGAUGCUGUACUGGAAGAAAGGCAACGAGUCCCUGAACACAGAUGACAGAAUAUCUCUGUCCCAGUUCCUCAUCCAGAAAUUUCACACCACCACCAAGCUGGCUUUCUACAGCAGCACAGGCUGGUACAAUCGCUUGUACAUCCACUUCACCCUGCGGCGCCACAUCUUCUUCUUCCUGCUGCAGACGUACUUCCCCGCCACGCUGAUGGUCAUGCUGUCCUGGGUGUCCUUCUGGAUCGACCGCAGGGCCGUCCCCGCCAGGGUACCGCUCGGCAUCACCACAGUGCUGACCAUGUCCACCAUCAUCACCGGGGUCAACGCCUCCAUGCCGCGGGUCUCCUACAUUAAGGCAGUGGACAUUUACCUCUGGGUCAGUUUUGUCUUUGUCUUCCUGUCGGUGAUCGAGUACGCGGCGGUUAAUUACCUGUCCACCGUGCAGGAGAGGAAAGAGAGGAAGCUGAGAGAGAGACUGCCGUGCACGUGCGGCAUCGGAAACCCGGACGACAUGAUGAUCGACCCCCAGAUCACUGGCUACGGGUCCAUGGAUGUGAACACCACGGGGAACUAUGGCAUGCCAGAGAACGGCGGCCGCCAAGAACGGAUUUUGGCCCAGGUGGCGCUGAAUGACCCGCAGAUCGCAGGCCAGGUGAAGCCGUCCAGAGGCUACGUGAACAUCUGGAUAGACACCCACGCCAUAGACAAGUACUCCAGGGUUGUCUUUCCCGGAGCGUACAUCCUCUUUAACAUCAUCUACUGGUCCAUCUACUCAUAAACUAGGGGUGGAUGAAACUCCGUGAGAGCCGUCCACGGUGGGACGGCAGGAGCUCGGCUCAUUUGUGCGAGAGCAGGAAGGACAACUUUGCACUCGAUGCAACACUUCAGACAGACUAACUGCUCAUUAGAUGCAUGGGGACCAUUGUCAGAUGGGGGACCAUUGCCUUCUUGACCCAGCCACUUAAAACUGAUGACUUUAAAUACGAGCUACAAGCAGGACGGCUGUCGUUGUCGUCGCUCUCUCAAAUCUGUGUGGUUUCAUGUCGUAUCUAUAGCUCUGCACACAGAGACACACAGACAUGGACUCGUGUAACUGUGACUCGUUUUAAUGCAGUGACUCCAACCGCAAACUGAAAACAGGUCGGCAUUGAUCGGCGUGCGGACAGAUCCUCCAGCUCUGCAUGAGAGCAAAACCCGGUAGAGAAUGACAAACUAGACUUGUUCAGAGGAACCGCUGACAAACGCUCACUUCAUGAGAAAGUCGAUGCCACUCUUAUAAAUACCAAACCACAUCCAGCUGGAAACAGCCCGAUACGUCCAAGAUUAACAGUCCACCUACCAGCACCCCUAAAGUCCACUAAUUAUUCUAUCUUUUGAUUUAAUCCGUACAAAGACGACCAUAAAAGCCCCGUUCUGCUGAGGGUUAGGUGCUGGAGGACUUCCUUCCUGGGAUCAGCGACGUUAUGGGCUUUACGUUUCGAUAUAUUCUCCUUAAAAUGUUAAUUUGGCUUCUUCUGGUUCUUGAAGUCCCAGUUUUUCUUUUGCAGCAUGUUGGUAUGAUUCAGUUUCUGUUGCUCGUGAACUUUGUAUUGAUGCAGUUAUUUUGCUGUCAAGCUGCUGCGUUGCAUUUGUGUGAGUCGACAAAGUUUAGUAACAAAAAAAAAAGGCAAAAUACUAAUGCAGUAUAU